GCGCCUCUGGGGCCCUUUUACUGGGCCUGUGGGUUUUCUGUUGGUCGCACACACAGGCCCUCGCCAUGAACGGUCUCGCGGCUGCCCUCCUGGUCUGGACUCUGAUUUCUCCCAGCGGCGGAGGCCACGGAGGCAGAGGGGACAUGUGGCCCACGCACGUGGCCUGCAGGAACGAGGGCUUGGAGGUGUUCUACCAGAGCUGCGAUCCUUUGCAGGAUUUCGGCUUUUCUGUUGACCAGUGUUCCAGAAAAUUACAACCGCAUCUCAGCAUUAGAUUUGGCAUCAUUCUGAGGGAAGAUAUCCGGGAGCUGUUCCUGGAUGUGCUCCUCCUCUCGAAAGGCGCUUCUGUUCUGAAUUUCUCCUAUCCCAUCUGCGAGGACGAUCUACCCAAGUUUUCUUUCUGUGGAAGAAGGAAAGGAGAGCAAGUUUACUAUGCGGGUCCUGUUGAUAAUUCUAGUUUUGAUGUUCCUGAGGGAGAAUACCAGGUUUUGCUGAAACUGUAUAAUGAAAACCAUUCCACAGUGGCUUGUGCCAAUGUCACUGUCAUUGCCUCCUGACUGUGGCCUGCAGGCAAAAGCACAGUAAGCUCAUUCUGAUGGGAACUCCAAGGUCCCCAGACUCAACCUGCUUUGUAAGAAGAACCAGUUGAUGACAGAGACUCUGAAGAACUUCCUGAGCAGUGCAGCAGCUAAGUUGAGCCUCAGAAUCAGAUGUCCGCACACUCCACAGAUGGAAUGAAGCCCUGGAAAUUAUGUGCUUCCGGGGAGCCUCUCAGUAGUCACUAAGCAGUCUCCAGGGUCAUUUCUUCCUUAAUUAGUAACUCAGACUUCCUUUCUUUUGGAUUCCUUAGGAGCUUUUCCUCACCGUUACCCAGAAUAAAGAAAACUAGCUCACAA